GCUACCGUUUUACUUUGAUAUUUUCCCUUCCCUUUUUCCUCUCUCUAAAAUUUAUACACACAAAUAUAUCGCCGGCGGCGGCAAGGGAUCGGAGACGCCUUCUUUCUCGGUGCAUACCGACAAAGAAAAAAGCUAAAGUCCGAACGAAGAUGAAGAUUUUUGUGAAGACCCUGAAGGGCUCGCACUUCGAGAUCGAAGUGAAACCGGAGGACACCGUGGCAGAUGUGAAGAAGAAUAUUGAAACAGUUCAGGGUUCUGAUGUUUACCCAGCUGGUCAACAGAUGCUUAUCCAUCAAGGCAAAGUGCUCAAGGAUGAGACGACACUGGAAGAGAACAAAGUUGCUGAAAACAGUUUUGUUGUGAUUAUGCUGACCAAGAAUAAGGCUUCAUCAAGUGGAGCUGCAACUGCAUCUGCUGUGGCAUCGAGUACGUCCCAACCUGUGAGUAAUACAUCUCUGCCAACACAACCCGUAACAGCAGCUCCUUCACCUGCACCAACUGUUGCUCCUCUGCAAUCAGCUCCUGAAUCUGCUCCAGUUCCUGCUCCUACCCCUGCUUCCUCCACGGAUGUGUAUGGUCAAGCAGCAUCAAACCUUGUUGCUGGAAAUAACUUGGAGGCUACUGUUCAACAGAUUCUUGAUAUGGGUGGAGGAAGUUGGGACAGAGAUACAGUUGUUCGCGCACUGAGGGCUGCAUAUAAUAAUCCAGAAAGAGCAGUUGAAUACCUUUACUCUGGUAUUCCAGAGCAAGCAGAAGUCAAUCCUGUGGUUCAACCUCCUGCUGGUGGACAGCCUGUGAAUCCUCCAGCCCAGGCUACACAAGCAGCAGCCCCUGCCGGUGGUCCUAAUGCGAAUCCUUUGGAUCUUUUUCCACAGGGUCUUCCAAACAUGGGUUCAAAUGCAAGUGCUGGCACCUUAGAUUUUCUUCGCAAUAGUCAACAGUUCCAAGCAUUGCGAGCCAUGGUGCAGGCCAAUCCUCAAAUAUUGCAGCCUAUGCUUCAAGAACUCGGAAAGCAAAAUCCACAACUUGUCCGAUUGAUUCAAGAACAUCAGGCAGACUUCCUACGCCUAAUAAAUGAACCUGUUGAAGGGGAAGGGAACAUACUAGGUCAACUCGCCGAAGCAAUGCCACAGGCUGUGACUGUCACACCUGAGGAGAGGGAGGCAAUCGAACGUCUCGAAGCAAUGGGGUUUGAUCGAGCUUUGGUAUUGGAAGUGUUCUUUGCAUGCAACAAGAACGAAGAGCUGGCUGCAAACUACCUCUUAGAUCAUAUGCACGAGUUUGAUGAGUGAAGCCAGUUAAAUUAAGUGGGCUUCUUUGAUCUCAUCAGUUUACUUUGUUUAACAAACCCUUUUUUAUCGCCGCGUGGAUUAAUUUUUAUUUAUCGUUCACAGUGGCUUUCCUUGAACUGUAUCAUUUGGAUACACAAGUAGAAUGUCGAAAAAAUUAAAUUCUUCCUAAGGGCCUUUGUCCUUUUGCUCUUUUUUAGUUUCUGUUGCACAAAAACUGCUGUUUGCACUGGGUUUUAAGUUGUUUAAACCAUUUCCAGCAAUAUUAUUUUACCUGCUAAGAAUGUCU